AUGUUGGAUUCUAAUGAGGCCAUACGAGCUGCAGCCAAAGCUAGAGCCUCAUCAUCAGUUUUGAAGCCCAUCAGUUCCCGCACCCAAAAUGAUGCUGAUCGAUGCUCAAGCGGGAAUGUAAGCAGCAGAAGCAGCACUGGAAGCGCUGAUGUUGGCUUUCAUAGAGAAAACUGGUUGGGUACUGUGAAGUCUUCACCUCUGAAGACAUCUUACCCACCGAGCAGGGCAAGCAGGGAGGACCCCGAAAUCUAUCCUUACUGGGAUCCUGAAGCUGGUCGUUUUGUGUCCUAUCAGGGGGUGUUUGGGAAGAAGCUUAUGGUUGAGGCGGCGACGUUGGAUGACCAUCUUCUACAUGAAAUUCUUUCACGCUUGCCUGCAAAAGCUCUGGGUCGAUUCAUGUUGACCAGCAAAAAGUGGAAGACCCUGAUUUCAGACCCUUAUCUCAAGACUAUCCAAGCUCAGAGGUCAACACAAAAUGUUCUCGGCAUCCUCAGCGCAACCACAUAUUCAGUGGGAAGAAGGCUCACCUAUUUCCCUCUUGAGCAUAAUGCAGGCGAAGUCCCUGACACAAGUCUUGGACUCCCUGGUCCACAAGCAGAAACAAUCUCACUCAAAUGUGCUUGCAACGGGCUUCUAUUGAUCCAAGUCUUUCCUCCCAUUCGAGACCUUUUGUGCAACCCCACCACAAAAUAUUCAAGGCAGAUUCCUGACCUGGAAAUAUGCUACAAUGACACCAAGUUUGGACUUGCCUUUGAUCCAACCAUAUCCACUGCCAAUUUCAAGGUGGUUGCUACUGAGAGGGUGCGUCAGGAAGCUCGUGGUGGAUGCUAUAAAUUCUAUGUGUACUCUUCUGAGACUAAUACAUGGAGAUUAUCAAAUACAACCAUAUCUUGCACUAGGAAGCACCUCCUCAGGUCGGCAGGCUCUGUUUUCUUCAAUGGUGCACUGCAUUGGUUGAGGGAAAGGGAAGACAUUCUUGCAUUCAACGUGGAGCAAGAAGUGGCCUACAGUUUGGCAUUGCCGGAUGAGCUGAGGCCUAUAUCAAUUGCAUGCUACAUAAGCAUCUGGCUUGGAGUUGUCGAUGGUCACAUGAGUGUAGUGAAGUUUAAAAGGGGAGACAUACUCGUUUGGGUGCUCGAAGACUAUGGAAGCAGGAGAUGGGAGCUCAAGCACUGUAUAGAAACACAAGGGAGUGGACACUACUUGAAUAGUGUGCCGAUCUUCUAUGAUGGUGAGAAAUGUGUUCUCGUGACAUGGGGAAGCAGCAAAGAGGAGUAUGGGCUGGCUGUCUACAGGAUAAAUAGCGGGCAAUGGGAUGAGAUAAGAAGCUUGACAUGCUCGGGUUUUGAUCGUUGCUUUGUUCCAUACAUCAGCCACAUGCUGGGAUAG